CAACGUUUUGAUGUAUCAACUACAACGUUCGAUGAAUAUGAUCAACGACAACAAUGGUCUAAUACAUUAAACAGUGGUUUACCAUCAUCACCUUCUUCUGCUCAUCGUCAUGAUGGUUAUAUUCGACCUUUAACUCCUCAAAAACCCUCUUUACAAACAGAUACUAAUACCAUUCGUGUUGAUAUUGAUGAUCCACGUAGUAGAACACCUUUAACACCAUCUCGAACAUCAUAUUAUGAUUCUUCUGAAAUUCCAGUAAUUUAUCGUAGUUCAACAACAGUUUAUACAAAAGAUAGACAUAAUUAUGUUGAUGGUGGUGAAGUUCGAACAUGGAGUAUUCAAGAUAAUAAUGAUAUUGAUAUAAAUCAAAAACCAUCAAAAUCUAUUCAAAUUGACUGUACACAUAAUAAUCAUGAUACUGUUCUACCGAAGAUUACAAAUGAAUAUCAAUAUAAUUCAAAAAUUCGUGAACAAGAAACAAAUCGUAAUGAUAUGCAAGAAGAAAACUAUAUAGUUUCAUAUGAAUAUGAACAACAAUAUCCAUAUGAUGAACGGCAAUAUUCAAAUGAUCGAUAUUCUCAUAAUUUCAAUAAUGAUAGAAAUUCAAUUUUUACACAACCAUCAAUUGUAGCUGAACGAGAAAAAACCUAUGAUCAAUCACCGUAUUCAUAUCAAACUACUGAACAUAGACAGGAGUCUAUUAAUGCAAUAAUUCCUAUUCAAAAUUCCGAAGCAUUACUUCGACCUUAUAUAUUAAAAUGUUCGGAUUCUUAUGAUGGUCUUGGAAUUUUAAUAUCUGGUGAUAAAACAACAGGUUUAAAUCCUCGUAUUCGUGAUAUUGAACCUGGAUCUCCAGCUUAUCAACUUGGUUUACGUAAAGGUGAUCGUAUUAUUUAUAUUAAUGGUAUUAAUGUUGAGAAGCUUGAAUUUAGUGACGUUCUUCUACUUAUAAGAGAAGGUUUAAAUAAUAAUAAUUUACAAUUGUCGGUUAUUAAUGAAUCCGUACAUUAUUGA